AUGUUUGCUCUUCGCUCCUCCGCCCCUCGAGUCCUCGGCAGGGUCUCUGCUGUCCGUCCUGCGACGAGCACCCUGCUCCAGCGCGGCAUGGCCACCGUCAACGAUCCCCCAGCCGAGAAGGAGCAGUCCAAGAUGAAGACCUUCUCGAUCUACCGCUGGAACCCCGAGAGCCCCAGCGAGAAGCCUCGCAUGCAGUCGUACACCCUCGAUCUCAACAAGACCGGACCCAUGAUGCUCGAUGCGCUCAUCCGCAUCAAGAACGAGCUGGACCCUACCUUGACAUUCCGAAGGAGUUGCCGAGAGGGUAUCUGCGGUAGCUGCGCCAUGAACAUCAACGGCCAGAACACCCUUGCAUGUCUCUGCCGCAUCCCUACCGAGUCCAAGGACGACGUCAAGCUCUACCCUCUGCCGCACACCUACGUCGUCAAGGACCUUGUGCCUGAUCUGACGCAUUUUUACAAGCAAUACAAGUCCAUCAAGCCCUACUUGCAGCGCGACACGCCCUCGCCAGAUGGCAAGGAGUACCGCCAGACCAAGGAGGACCGUAAGAAGCUGGACGGCCUCUACGAAUGCAUUCUCUGCGCUUGCUGCUCGACCUCAUGCCCUUCAUACUGGUGGAACUCGGAGGAGUACCUUGGUCCCGCCAUCCUGCUCCAGUCCUACCGCUGGCUUGCCGACUCGCGUGACGAGCGCACCGCCGAGCGAAAGACCAACCUCGAGAACUCCAUGUCUCUGUACCGCUGCCACACUAUCCUCAACUGCACUCGCACAUGUCCCAAGGGGUUGAACCCCGGCAAGGCGAUUGCCGAGAUCAAGAUGCAGAUGGCUCUCGGAUCAUGA